GGCGGUUUAGGUGUUGGCUUACCUAAGUCCAGCAGCCAGUAUACUCGACUUCGAGGUAUUCAUAACCGGACUUCCAGGACUGGGCCCUCCCACGGUGUCAAGGAAACACUGUUACAGCUUCGGACUGAGUUGGCGCGUCUUAUGUCCGAAAAUGACGAGCUUGAUGCCCAGUUGAAUCUUGGCAUGGCUGAGGUUGAAAAACGCAACACAGAUUUGGAACGGCAAGUUAUUUCGUUUUAUUUAUCACUUGUUGCUUAG